AUGAACCCGACUCAGGUCAUGUCUUAUAAAAUCCCCAAACGCACUCGCUCUGACUCGGACUCUCCGCAGAUGAAGUCUCCUCUGUCCAGACUGAACACACAGAACCAGAGUCCCCCUCUGGUCAGACGUCCUGGAGAUGGACACAGUUCCUUCAGAGGAAAAACCAGAACAGAGGCUUUCACCAACGGGUGGCGCCCUAAACGUGCCUCAGAUCGCCUGCUCUCUGCUGCUCCUGGUCCUGAUGUAGAACAUGAGUCCUGUUUGGAUUCUCCUCCAGACACAGAGUCGGACUCUACUGUAAUCGCGGUGCGCUCUCAAGACGCUCUCUUCCGCCUCAGAGCAGAACGGCAUCUUGGGAGUUGCCCUGACAGGAAGUGCCCCCAGAAACCACCUAACAAGGACACGAGCGUCUUGUCUUGGUCCAAACUGUCCUCGGCCUCUUCUCCUCUGGACUCAAACGGCGUCUGGUCUGAACUCAGCGAUGUGAGGGAAAAGCAGAGGGACAAGUGGAGGCAGUUUAAAGAGAAGAAACAGCUCAGAACAUACGCCUCAAGGAGGAACAGAGACCAGGCCAGACCGGACCAGGCCAGACCGGACCAGGCCAGACCGGACCAGGCCAGACCAGACCAAGCCAGACCGGACCAGGCCAGACCAGACCAGACACAAGGCCAGUCCAGGAGCUACAAGAGGACCACAGCCAACUCUGAACCCAUCGUUCUGUCGAGUGAAGAGGAGGAAGACGAGCAGAGUGACGGCCAAUCAGAGCAAGUUCCUCUGCCCUUCCUGCAGCUGGACUUCUGCUCCUUCCACAUGGGUCUGUCCAGAGCUGAGGCCAACGGCAAAGUCACCAUCUCUGAGAGCGGCAUCACAGUCCCCCUCACAGGUCCUGGUCCAGACUCUGGUUCCGUGGAGCUCAGUAUAGUGGCCUCUCAGAUGCGUUCCUUUGGACUGUGGGAUGGGGGCGUGGCCAGAGGCGGCGCUCUGUUCUCUGAUAACUCGGGCCCCGCUCCCUCACUGCUUUUCCUGUGGAUCAGCGACGUCCAAUCACAGCUGCUGAAGAAGGAGCUGCACGAGAUCCACCAGAGCACAGAUCCCCUGUGUCCCCUUGUUCUCCUGGUUCUUCAGUCCCAGCUCUCAGACUUGGACUCGGCUUUGGUUUCUUCUAUUCUAGAUUCUGGAGACUAUCUUAAGUCCAGAUCUGGGUCUGGACCUGUGGACUGGACUCAGGGUCUGGUCCUGAUUCACACUUGUCCCGCUCCCGUGGACUCACACCUGCUGCAGCUGCUGGGGCCAAUGAGUGCGUCAGAUCCCCCGCCACGGAGUCCUGCUCUCAGGACCAGGACCAGGUCUGGAUCUCAGAAGCUCCCUUCCAGGCUGAUCCAGUACCCUGCAGCGCCCUCUAGAGGCCGUAUCUCUGUGAGCUCUGAGGAUCUGCUCUGUCUGAAGCACGGAGAGUUCCUCAAUGAUGUCAUCAUCGACUUCUACCUCAAUACCUAUACUCACCUCUCUCCCUCCACCCCCUCUGCUGCAGUACCUGUGCUCACCUCUCUCUCUCCCCCUCUGCUACUGUACCUGUGCUCACCUCUGUCUCUGACCUCUGCUACAGUACCUGUCCUCACCUCUCUCUCCCUCUGCUGCAGUACCUGUGCUCACCUCUCUCUCUCCCCCCCUCUGCUGCAGUACCUGUACUCACCUCUCUCCCUCCACCCCCUCUGCUGCAGUACCCUGUGCCCACCUCUCUCUCUCCUGUGCGAGGAGAGAGUGGCGCUGACAAGCACCUGGGAUGCCGACUGA